AACGUCAGAAGAAGGAUUAUUAAUCUUUUUAACUCCUUUUUAUUUUCUGAUAAGUCCAGUCCAACGGGCACUCAGUCCUUGUACACCAUCGGAUCUUGACGCAUGUCAGAGAUACAAUACACAAUGGCCUUCCUAUCUACUCUCAGCGACCUUCCAGUCUUGUCAUCGCUUCUCUCAUGGAAGACACUCCUAAUCGCCUUUGCGGUUCUCAACCGGAAAUCCCUCCCAUUCGCAUGGACAUACAACGUCUUCUACCAAAUACUAGUCAACCUCCGCCGCUCCCCCGAAAAACUAAACUGGACCCCCCAAAACCCUCCCCUCGACCUUAAGGGACGCCCAAUCCACCCCGUCUUCGCCGCCGCAUCCAUUUAUAGCUACACCUCAAUCCUCGAAACAGACUACAACAUCCACAAAUCUAACAGUACCUAUUUCGCUGAUAUGGAUCAUUCCCGCAGCGCUUGCGUUACGCCGUUAUAUACCCCCGGAGCAGGGAUAGUUAGUAAAGAACUUGAUGAAGAACUCGCGGCAGCAGCUGUUGCAGCUGGGAAGCCAGCCCCAAAGAAGAAGCUACCCAUGUAUAUUGCUCUGGGGGCGACGUAUUGCUCAUUCAAGAGGGAGAUUAAACCCCUUGAACGGUAUGAGCUUAGAUCGCAGGUUGUGGCUUGGGAUGAGAAGUGGAUGUAUAUUAUUACCUGUUUCUUGAAGAAAGGUGAUAAGAAGAACGGAAAUGGAGAGAAAGUGUUAGCGGCCAUUGGGUUGAGCAAAUAUUGUAUUAAGAAAGGUCGAUUGACGGUUCCGAUUGAGCGCGUCUUUAGGGCUAGUGGAUUGUUACCACCGCGUCCUGACGGCUCUUCUUCGAAAGAACCGGUGGCGACGACUAGUUCCAGUUCGGCGAUUGACACACCGCGAACCCUGGACGGGUUGACGGAUACAACUCUCGACGAAGUCAAGCUCGUUCAAGAAGUUUCGAAACUGGGUGAUGUUGCGCCGGAUGUGCUACACAAACUGCAGCAGGAGAAUGCAGCUUCGUGGUCGCGGGAAGAAUGGACGUGGGAACGGAUUGAGGAGCAGCGGAAGAAGGGAAUUGAGAUUGUGAAUGGAUAUAUAGCGUUGGAGGAUAGUUUGCAUGGGAAUUGGAAUAAUUGAUAGUUCUCUUUACGUGAUUAUAGAUAUAGACGGGUAUUGAUUAGAGGGAGUUAGUUGGUAAUGCAUUUGACUAUCGUACAUACAAUCUUGUGAUUGAUAACAUCUAUUAAGUACAUCUAUAAACAAAAUAAUCUCGCUGCCAGACCGGAACUCCUUGAGAACAAAUGCAACAUCAUGACGGCAUAGGAAAGAUAAGCAGAAAAGAGAUGAAAUGGCUUUUGGUGGUUUACUUGCUCUCUUCCUUCUUUUCUUCUUCUUCCUCCUCCUCCUUCUCAUCAUCCUUCUUUUCCUCUGUCUCCUUCUUAGCCUUAACAGCCUCAGUCACAGCACCCUCCUUCUCCUGCUUCUCAUGACUAUACAACGGCUGAUGACGCUGCUUCAACUUCUGCUCCUCCGCAGCAACCAUAUCCUGCCACAAAUCCGUAUUCUCAUCAUGUCUUUGAUGAUGCACCUGUUCUGCCGCAGGCUGAUUCUUACUCUCCUUGAGAGCUUCCCUUCCCUUCUUAGCAGUAUCAAGCAAUCCCUGCCCCUUGCGCUGAUCAUGAAUCUCAAACGCAGCACUAGCACACAUCACGGCCAGCGUCAACCCUUGCGCAUACACACGCGCCUGCACAAUCUUUUGCUGACCCGAGAGGUACGGAUUUCGUCCAACAAGCACAAAACUACCCACAAUCGAAGCGAUCCAUGUUGCGCCAAUGAUUUUGUAUUUCUCUUCGCGUGCCCAUGCACCUAUCCGAUUUCCAAAGGACAUUUGUGACAGUUCUUCGCGGCGAAGUCGCUCUUCGCGCUCACCGAGGUACUUCAGGCCGACGUUUCGCUCGGCUUCGAAUGAGCGCGAGGAGUGGUCGGCUGC